GGGCUAAAGAACAAGCGCUUCCGGGAGAAAGCCGGGGCCGGAGGGGACCAUGAGCUGGAUUCCGUUCAAGAUUGGGCAGCCCAAGAAACAGAUUGUACCCAAGACAGUGGAGAGAGACUUCGAAAGGGAAUAUGGGAAACUUCAGCAGCUGGAAGAUCAGACCAAGAAACUGCAGAAGGACAUGAAGAAGAGCACAGAUGCAGAUGUGGCCAUGUCAAAAUCAGCCGUGAAAAUCUCUUCAGACCUGUUGUCCAACCCGCUCUGCGAGCAAGACCCCGAUUUCCUGACAAUGGUAACAGCCCUGGACACUGCCAUGAAGAGAAUGGACUCUUUCAACCAAGAGAAGGUGAACCAAAUCCAAAAGACGGUGAUAGAGCCCUUGAAAAAAUUCAGCAGCGUGUUCCCCAGCCUGAACAUGGCAGUGAAGAGACGUGAGCAGACUCUGCAAGACUACAAGCGGCUGCAGUCCAAGGUGGAAAAAUAUGAAGAGAAGGAGAAGACCGGCCCCAUCCUUGCCAAGCUACACCAGGCCCGUGAGGAGCUGAGGCCAGUGAAGGAGGACUUUGAAGCCAAAAACAAGCAGCUUUUGGAGGAGAUGCCCAAGUUCUACAGCAGCCGCAUCGACUACUUCGAGCCCAGCUUUGAAUCAUUGAUCCGUGCUCAGGUUGUGUACUACACUGAAAUGCACAAGAUCUUCAGAGACCUGACAGAGCAGAUUGAUGAGCCAGGCCUCACAGAUGAGCAGAGGGAGAAAGAGAACGAAGCCAAGCUGAGCGAGCUGCGGGCCCUGUCCAUUGUGGCUGACGACUGACCUCCCCACCCAUGCUGGGGGAGCCUUCUUAAGGGCUGCUGCUGCCUGAUGACAAGAACAGGGUGGAAAUCUCCUGACUGACUCUAGGUUUUAACCUGUGCACAGCUGCCUGCUGCUCUCCAGCUUUGAACUCCUUAUAAGACAAGGUACAACUUUUGAUGUGUGGUGGGGAAAGAGUAAUAGCUGCACAA